ACUUGAGUUUAUCUUUCUGGUUUAUCUAAGAAUGUUCAUAUACUAGAUGUGUUAUUGUUGUUAUUUUAUUAAAGUUUGAAUCUUUUUGAUGUAUUCAUGGGUUUAAUGUAGCUAUAUUUGCUUAGACUAUUGAUUUCUUAUGUGGGUUGGUUUCGUUUUUUGAUAAUGUUUCUAUCUUUGAGGAAAUAUUGGUUUUCUUUUACAAUGUGGGUUGAGUUUUUGGCUUCAACAACAACAGACCCAGUGUAAUUGCACGAGUGAGGCCUAAGAGUUCGUAUUUGCUUAGAACAUUGAUUUCUCAUGUGUUGUAGGUCAGGUGGUCUUUUAGUACAAAGCUCAUUCAGUUUUUCACAUUUCUACAUUUACUGCUGAGAGUAAGUUAAUAUGCAGACACCAAAAGCAAGGACUGUUUCUGUGGAGGUGCCACAAAGGACAUCUCCUGCUACACCAAAGACAACUCGAAAACUCAAGGCUCCGGGUUCAAAUGCUGAUUCUGUUUCAUCUCCAAAUCCAGCAACCAGGACACCUAAAGACAGGAGUCCUAAAGUCGUUGGUCGCCGGUCGCCUCGGAGUCCAGUGAUAGAGAAGCGUCCAAGCAAAGUGUCCGACCUGGAAGCCCAGCUUGCUCAACUCCAAGAGGAGCUGAAGAAGGCGAAAGACCAGCUUAAUUCUUCUGAAUCAUUGAAGAAAAGGGCUCAACAGGAUGCCGAUGAAGCCAAAAAGCAGCUCGCCAUCAUGUCAGAAAAGCUCGAGGAUUCUAAGAAACAGCUACUUGAGCUCUCAGAUUCAGAGGAAGCUCGACUGCUGGAGUUGCGCAAGAUCUCACAGGAUCGAGACCGAGCAUGGGAAUCCGAGCUUGAAGCUAUCCAGAAGCAGCACGAGUUGGACUCUGCUGCUUUGGCAUCUGCCUUGAAUGAAAUUCAGAAACUUAAAAUUCAGCUGGACCGAGUGGCAGAUUCUGAAGCCACUCAAGCUCAUCAUGCUGAGUCUGCUCACGCUGAGAUUCAAAGCUUAAGGUUUGAACUUAAGGAGACCCUUACGUUGGCUGAGAAAUUGAGAAACCAGCUUAAUGAUAGCAAGGAAUCCGAGGCUUGUUCACUUGAAGAAGUGAGUAAAGCUCAAAUGCAGCUUGAAGUGUCCAAGAUGACCGAGGAUACUCUACGUUCUGAAGGUCUGAAAGCGAUGGACGCCUGCAGAACCUUGUCUUUGGAGUUGGAAAAAUCAAAGGAUCGAGUGGCUUCUUUGGAGGAACUUGUCAGCAAACUCCAGUCUUCAGAAAGUUCUGUAGCUGCAGAAGGAAACGGCGUAACUGUGGAAGCGGAUGAACUAAAAGCUGAGGUAAGUGAACUAAGAGCUGCUUUAGAGGCUUCCGAGAGGAAGUAUCAGGAAGAAUACAUCCAGAGCACCUUGCAAAUAAGAAGUGCUUACGAGCUAGUAGAGCGCACUAAAUCUGAAUCAAUUCAGAGGGAGGCUGAAUGGGAGGCAAAAUUAAAUGAAGCAAAAUCUGAAGUGCAAGAUCUAAAAGAAAAACUGAUGAACAAAGAAGUUGAACUGCUAAACAUUUCAGAUGAAAAUAAGGGGCUAAGUCACUCAGCUGAUAAAGAGUUUGAAUUAGCUGCUCAACUGAAGAAAUCAGAGUCAAUUUUGGGAGAUCUGAGAGGAAAUUUAUUAGACAAAGAGAAUGAGCUGCAGAGUCUUAUGGAGGAGAAUGAGGUGCUGAAGUCAGAGAUCGGAAAGAGGGAAUCAGAGAGUACCAAAAUGAGCGACGAGGCACUUGCCUUAGUGGAAGCAGCGAAAACUGCAGAAAGAGAGGCUUUGAUAAAGCUGGGGGAUUUGACUGAAGAAGCAGAUAGAAGCAGUAGAAAGGUAGCACGGGUCACUGAGGAGUUGGAUGCAGCACAGACUGCAAACUCAGAUAUGGAAACCGAGCUGAGGAGGUUAAAAGUGCAAUGCGAUCAAUGGAGAAAGGCUGCUGAAGCAGCUGCUACAAUGCUUACAACAGGAAAUAAUGGGAAAUAUGUCGAGAGAACAGGUUCUUUAGACUACCACACUAUAGGCGGAAAGCUUGGUUCUCCACUUUUGGAUGACUUGGAAGAUGACUCGCCAAAGAAGAAGAAUAACAACAUGUUGAAGAGAAUUGGUGUUUUAUUAAAAAAGGGCCAGAAGUAAAUAAUGCUCCUAUCAUGCAGGACUGUAGCUGAGCUGAUGGCCUCGCGGAACGAAUCUCUUUUGCAGAUUUUUGUAUAGCUGUUUGGAAAUUGAUGAUCUUUGUAUGAUCUCACCUGCCUAUAUUGGUAGGUUUGUUUAGGAAAUAGUAAGAGCUUAAUCUCUUUUAAAAAUUCAGUUUGUAUGGCAAUUGGUAUUUUCAGAGACAGGCUGUUGUUUUUUCCAACCAUUUCUUGUAAGUUUAAUGAACCUAAGAGGGAUGAUUAAUGGUAGAAUUUGCUCUAUUGUUGCUUCAAGGAUUUUCAUGUUAAAAAUGG